AUGAAUAAGGACUAUAGACACCAGAGCCAGCAGCAGAAAAAGUCCUGUAGUCAUAAGAAUACUGUGGAUGUUGGUCACGUGGAUCCUAUCAUCACACACUACACAAUACAUUUAGUCAGAGAAUUGGAAAAAGAUCUGAAGGUAAGCACUCCCAGAUUUGUUCUACAAAACACUAUGUCUGAGAAAUGGCAACAAAACCUUUCUCAACCAUACAGGAAGUAUGGGAGAGAAAGAGAUGAAGGAUACUAUAAUGGUGGAAUUUCACCACAAGGAAGAAAGAAAGAUUGGAGUUCUUUCCAAGAUAACCGUGGCUGGAAGAGCGACCGUUAUCAUCAUGAUCACUAUGACCGUCAUCUUCAUCAUCGGGAAGGGGAUAAAUUCCUGCAGAGGAGAGAUGUUCAAGAGGACUCCAAACUAAGAUACACCCCCUAUUCUAUGAGACACAAGAGGCACCAGCAUGAAAACCAUAACAGUUUUACUGGGAGUAGAAACGGAAAACGUCCAGAGAGUGAAAUGAUGGAGGACACCGAAGAUGAAAGACAAGAAACCUGGUUCAAGAUUACAAUUCUGAAUGGGAGAAAGUAUGAGAAGAAAUGGCUCCUGGAUUCCAUUCAGAGCCACUGCCAUUUACCAUUCAAUCCAGUGGAUUUCCACUAUGUAAAAAAAUGGGCUCGAUUCUUUGUCCAGAAUUCUAGAAUUGCCCAUGCAUUGAAGGAUGUAAGCAGUAAGAUUUCUGAUCAGGAAAACCAAAAGAUAUCUAUCAUUAUCAGUAAAUCUCCUGAGCCUUACUCUGUGCUGAAUAAGUUGCAGCCAGAAGAAAUGAAGCAGCUAGAGCUGACCAUGAAGAAAAGGUAUGAUGUUUCCCAGAAAUCUCUUGACCUUCAGACGCUCCGCUUUGACCCAGACUUGAUGCACCAUGAUAUUGAUAUAUUCCUGAAUCGAAGACAAUGCAUGUCUGCUGUCCAGCAGAUCAUAGAAAAGAAUUUCCCUGAGCUGGUGUCCCUGAACUUGGGCAGCAACAAACUCUAUCAACUUGAUGGUCUGUCUGAUGUUAUACUGAAGGUCCCCACAAUCAAGACCCUGGACCUCUCUAAAAACAAACUGAAAUCGAUGUGGGAAGUAAGCAAGAUAAAAACCCUGAUGCUUGAAGAGCUGUGGCUGAAGGGGAAUCCCUUGUGUAAGGAUUUCCAGGACCAGUCUUCCUACAAAAGUGCUGUGCAGGAUUUAUUCCCUAAGUUACUUUACCUGGAUGGCCAGAAGUUAUAUCAGCCAGUUGUUGAUGUUGAUAUGUCAUGUGCAAUAAAGUCUACUGAGAAUAAAUGCAACGUAUCUGAGGUGGUGAAGAAUCAGAUACUGCAGUUCCUUCAACAGUAUUACAUGAUAUACGACUAUGAAAACCGACAGGGUCUCCUGGAUGCUUACCACGAUAAUGCGUCCUUCUCUCUAUCCAUUCCUUUUAACCCUAGUGACCCAUCUCUAAAUGCCUUGUGCAAAUACCUCAAGGAUAGCAAGAAUAUGAAGAUGCUCAAAGAUUCAGAUCAGCGAAUUCAACUGCUGGAGCACACAAAACAAGCCAUUCUGCGCACUCUGUGCAUGCUACCUCAAACUCAGCAUGACCUCAGUUCUUUCGUGAUAGAUGUAUGGGUGCAGUCGGAAACCAUGCUUUGCUUUUCUUUCCAUGGGACCUUCAAAGAAGUGGAAGACACAACUCAGGAUUCUGUUUAUACCUUUGUUCGGACACUCAUCACUGUCCCUGCCAGCAAUUCUGGUAUGUGCAUCAUGAAUGAUGAACUGUUUGUGAGGAUUAGCAACAACAAUGAGAUUAAGCCUGCAUACUACUCCACAUCAGAGUCCACACCAUCUUGCAGUUCUGCACCCAUCUGCUCCAAGGAGCAACAAGACUUGGUGCAGGCAUUCUCCAUCCAUUCUGGAAUGAACCUGCAGUGGUCUUUCAAGUGCCUUCAAGAAAAUGGAUGGAACUUUAUAAAAGCUGGUCAUAUCUUCACUGUGUUAAAGACUGAAGGCAGGAUUCCAGAGGAGGCCUUCAAACAAACUCAAUAA